AUGUCCGCCAAAUCUAUCUCCGAGGCCGACGGCAAGGCUAUCAUCAACUACCACCUCACUCGCGCCCCAGUGAUCAAGCCCAGCCCUCUCCCCGCCUCUACUACACACAACGCCCCUCCUCGUCUCGCCUCCCUCUACUUCCCCGAUGACAAGACCGUCAAGGAUGUCCUUGACCAGGCUGAGGUCUCUUACCCGUGGCUCUUGGUCCCCGGCUCCAAGUUCGUCGCUAAGCCCGAUCAAUUGAUCAAGCGCCGCGGUAAGAGCGGUCUGCUCGCUCUGAACAAGACUUGGGCUGAGGCUCGCGAGUGGAUUGAGUCCCGCGCUACCAAGGAUGUCCAGGUUGAGACUGUCACUGGUGUCCUCCGCACUUUCCUCGUGGAGCCCUUCGUGCCCCACGAUGCUUCCACCGAGGCUUACAUUUGCAUUAACUCCGUCCGCGAGGGUGACUGGAUCCUCUUCUACCACGAGGGUGGUGUUGAUGUCGGUGAUGUCGACGCCAAGGCUGAGAAGCUGUUGGUUCCCGUUAACCUCAAGCAAUACCCCUCCAACGAGGAGAUCGCUGCCGGUCUGCUGAGCAAGGUCCCCAAGGGUGUCCACAAUGUCCUGGUUGACUUCAUCACCCGCCUCUACGCCGUCUACGUCGACUGCCAAUUCACCUACCUCGAGAUCAACCCCCUGGUCGUCAUCCCCAACGCUGACGCCACCUCCGCCGAUGUCCACUUCCUGGACCUGGCUGCCAAGAUUGAUCAGACCGCUGAGUUUGAGUGCGGUACCAAGUGGGCUAUUGCCCGCAGCCCCGCCGCUCUCGGCACCACCGCCGUCGCUACCACCGACGGCAAGGUCAGCAUCGAUGCUGGUCCCCCUCUCGAGUUCCCCGCUCCCUUCGGUCGUGAGAUGACCAAGGAGGAGAAGUUCAUCUCCGACAUGGACGCCAAGACUGGUGCCUCCCUCAAGCUCACUGUCCUCAACUCCAAGGGUCGCGUCUGGACCCUCGUUGCUGGUGGUGGUGCCUCCGUCGUCUACGCCGACGCCAUUGCUUCCGCUGGUUUCGUGAGCGAGUUGGCCAACUACGGAGAGUACUCCGGUGCCCCCAGUGAGGCCCAGUCCUUCCAGUACGCUCGCACCGUUCUGGACCUCAUGCUCCGUGCCCCCAUGCACCCCGAGGGCAAGGUUCUCUUCAUUGGUGGUGGUAUUGCCAACUUCACCAACGUUGCCAGCACCUUCAAGGGUCUCAUUCGCGCUAUCCGCGAGGUCCAGAUCUGGGUUCGUCGUGCCGGUCCCAACUACCAGGAGGGUCUCAAGAACAUCAAGUCCGUUGGUGUCGAGCUCGGCCUGGACAUGCACGUUUACGGUCCCGAGAUGCACGUUUCCGGUAUCGUUCCUCUCGCCCUCCAGGGCAAGAAGAGCGAUGUCAAGGAAUUCGGCGCAUAA